AUGUCCACCCUUUUGAGCGCCACCACCAGCAACGAUGACCGACCGCCAACUGCUUCUUCCAACGACACGGACCUCCACUCCACAAAUGGAAAUGCCACCUCGGUCGCCCCGAGCGCGGGACCUGUCGGCGAACCGGGUCUCCCUCCUUCACGACAGACGGAUGGCGCGCGCGGUUCACGCAGAGGAUAUGCUGCAUUCGGCGGCGCACGACCGCGCUCCUCACGACCAGAGUCUGCCACCAACUCGACACAUGUGCCCAUGGCAAACACCACCUUCUUCCGGCCUAUGAGCUCGCAGAAAUUGCAGGCGCAACGAGGGCAGACGGUCGUGCAGCCGAUCACCGAGGAUCGCCAGGACGGAGUGAAGAAAGGCAGGAUGCGAAGUCAUCGGAACAGCGACGCUUCGGUGCAUACAAUGCGUGCGGUGGGCAGGGUGGAGGAAGACGCGCCGCCUCCUCUGCCCGUAAGUCGGGGUGGAUACUCGGUCGCGACCAGUGCGGGUGGAGCGCCGAUCGGAGGGAGCAUGGACAGUACCGCCGCUUUGGAUCUACGGACUCCUCGACAACGGGAACAGGACGAGAAGGCGGCACAGAAGAAGAGAUUGGGAUUGGGAUUGGCGGUGGGAUCCCGACAUUCAAGUCGGCUAGAGGUUCACCACUCACCACAUCUGGACUCCCAUCCGGAUUCGGAAUCUACAACACAGGAAAAGCGACCGUACGACACUCCUCCAAAGAUGAUGGGGAGGAAUUAUGAGUACUUUGGUGGAAACAUGCUCUUCUUCUUUCUGGGACGAUGUAUGAACACCCGUGCCAAACCACUCAACAUCCUCACCUUCAUUUUGGCCGUUUUCCCCGCCGCCCUCUUUGCCAUCUUUUCCGCGCCGUAUCUUUGGCGGAAUGUCUCUCCAGCACUACCGAUCAUCUUCGCCUACGUCUUUCUUCUAACCCUGUCAUCCUUCUUGCACGCCGCAUUUUCCGAUCCCGGAAUUCUCCCGCGGAAUCUCCACCCUCACCCUGAACUCGAAUCUGAUAGGGACCCGCUUGCAAUUGGACCGCCAUCUACAGAAUGGGUCAUGGUCAAGACCUUCCCGUCCCAGCAGAAGAAUCUGGAAAGCAGCGCAGAACAAGGCCAGCACACCACAGCGAUGGAAGUCCCUACUAAAUACUGCAAGACCUGUCAGAUCUGGCGUCCUCCAAGGACCCACCACUGUCGGAUUUGCGACGCUUGUAUGGAAACGCAAGAUCACCACUGCGUUUGGUUGAACAACUGUGUUGGGAGGAGGAACUACCGUUACUUUUUCGCCUUCGUCGGAAUGGGAUCCAUCAUGGCACUCCUUCUCAUCGCCUUCAGUGCAGUGCAUGUACAACACUACGCCAGCGCGAAUGACAUCGGAUUUGGGAAUGCUUUGACAGGACGAACGCAAGAAAAGGUGGCAUUUGCGAUGAUGAUCUAUGCUUUAUUCGCGCUGCCUUAUCCUGGAAGUCUCUGCGUUUACCAUCUCUUCCUGGUGGGGAGAGGAGAGACGACCAGGGAGUAUCUCAACGGACACAAGUUCUUGCCAGUGGACCGCCAUCGACCUUUCUCACUGGGAUCUAGGUGGAAGAACUGGACCGCUGUGCUUCUGCGGCCUCGAGGACCGAGCUACCUGUCCUUCAAGAGGAGGUAUCUAGAAGGCGACGUUCGUCUAGGACAUGGCCAGCGGAAGAAGGACCGACGAAGGGAAGAGAAGCGGGAGGCUGUGGAGCAGAAGAGUCGAGUUGAGGGACUGAAACAACGAUUUACGGUCGGGAAUGGCUCGCCUGUGAGAGAUGGAGAGGGAGAGAAGAAGGAGGGCGUGGAGAUGAAGCAGUUGAACGGCGGUGCGGUGCACGGGCCUCCAAAUACAGCGAAUGGAGGUGGGAAUGGAAGGCCUGCAGUCGGGAGGUUGAACAGUACGCCCCGGCUCGGUGCCGGCGGCGGUGGCGGAGAGAAGCUCAAUUGA